UCGGAGCACACGAUAAUUAGACCGAGAUUAACGCGCGCGCGGCGCGUGUGUUUGUUUAUUUAUUUUACGCUGUUGCUCCAACCCUUCUGCUCCGCCCUUUGGUCGCGUUUUGUCCACGGCGGCGGCAGAAGCGGCUUCGCAGACCGCCGCACAUACCGUCGCGUGAGUGUGAGUGGCACUGACCCCGAUAGACGACGCAGCGAGUCGGAGUGGUGCGCACUCGCCGUCAGACCGACGAAACGCCGCCGCCUCGGUUUCAUCAGCCGUCUAACUCGCUGCGGCCGCCUCAGUCGCCUCUGCAUCCUGGCCGCGCCAACAUGAGACUCAGAUAGCGCCCGCAGCACCCCUCAGCUCAGCCCAACCGCCCUUCUCGCACUCCUCGCCGCUGCGCCGCGCCACCGAAAUGAGCUCCUCCUCUCAGGGCCUGUGGGUCUUCGGUUACGGCAGCCUUUGCUGGGACCCUGGAUUCGACUUCGAACAAGCACACAUCGGCUUCAUCAAGGGCUUCAAACGCACCUUCGCCCAGGGCAACACGCACCACAGAGGAACCAAAGACCAGCCCGGCCGAGUUGCCACUCUUGAAGAGUCGGCCGACGGGAUAGUGUGGGGCCGCGCAUACCUCCUGCACGGGGAGGCGGCCCUCGCGUACCUGGCGCAGCGCGAGUGCCUUCUCGGCGGCUACAAAACGCACUUCUCGGCGGUGUGGCGGCCGAAGAGAUCGAGUGGGCCACUAGCGCCCGAGUGGCGGUCCACAGGGUUCGGCCGGUGGUCAUCCACCUCGUUUGAGCAGCUGACCGCGGCCGCCCUGGUGUACGUGGCCACUCCCGAGAACACGAUGUGGCUGGGCGAGGCCUCGGCGGCCGAGAUGGCCGAGCAAAUCUGCGUGGCCGCCGGCUUCAACGGCCACAACGCCGACUACGUGCUCAACCUGGCCAAAUUCGUGCGAGAGCACUGCCCGCACUCGGACACGCCGCUGUUGCAGCUGGAGGCGGAGAUCCGGCGGCGGCGGCCCUUCGGCGCAUUGCUCUACAAGAGGCUUCCACAGGCGAGGCCGGCGCAGUCGGCCGAGGAGGACAGGCGGACGCCCACGGAACCAGAGUUCUCCAAGCGUGUGCAGGGCAAGAAGCUGCGCUGCCUGAACAUUUACUGAGCUUUUGUGAUAAUAUAUACGCGUAUACUAUAUGAUUAUUAUUUGAUCAAUCGCUGCUUGCUUUAUUUAACGGAGCCGCCAGGGAGAGGUUCAGAGAGACCUGAUCCAGGGACGCUAAUUCUUGGCCAAUGUAUUUUUGCAUAUAUAUAUGACAUAUUUUGCAAGCAUUGUUGCGUAUACCUAUUUUGAACAAAGCUUGGGACUUCCAGGCGUAACCCUUCCUUCGACUCGUAAGCCUUGCAAUGGGUUCCCAGUAUUUCGGUUACGCUCACGCGACCGCUGAUUUCUGUGUUUUAUCUAGCAUCGCGCACAUCAUAAGCUGUGAAUUUUUAAUGCUGAAAUCUCGUUAAUAUAUUUAAUUUGGUGAAUAAAAGAAAUUAAAUAUA